GAAAGCGCAACAUGAGGCAAACAAGGUGAAGCUCCAUGGGCUGGAAAUGGAACAUCGCAAGUUGCUGACUGUCAUUCGGGCCAUGAAGCAGAAGAUGAUUGAUCGAUUGAGCUGGAACAGGAAUGAAGCACAGGCAAACAAACUGUCCAUGACCAGCCUGCUUGAUUCACUUAUCCAGCAACAUCUUGAUGUGAUGAUAGCUGGCAACACAACAGAGUAUGUCAACAAGAUCAUCCACAAAGUGGAGGCAGGGGACCAGACAGGCGGCUUACAUAUUCAGGCUACCAGAUCCUACCCAAAGGAACUGCACAACUAGACACACGUUUCCUGAUGAGAACCGAUCAGGACACAAACAACCAAGGCACUUGAAACAGAAUAACAUAAACCACAUUUUGACUAAACAGAUGUUUGUCAGAACAUCAGCUUCUAGUGUUGUCAUACCAGCUGGCAUCAACAUGUGAGACCCCU